CGCGUAGAAAAUUUUACAAGGGGAUUCAAACCCUCGCUCCAGGAAAGGACGGGAGUCGGAUUAAACCACUGUGCAUUUUUGAUUUUUUUUUUUUAAUUUUGUAUUUUUUUAAACAACAUGAAGAUUACCUCCCAUCAUCUGAUGAUAACCAGUCUCGUUUCCAGGUCCAACCUCAGGCUCAUCCCGCUUCUUCUGCUGCUGUUUCUUGGUUACACUCGCGGGAUGCCSCACGUUUUAAGAUUUGGGGGAAUAUUUGAAUCCAUCGAGAGUGGCCCCUCCGGAGCAGAGGAACUAGCCUUUAAAUUUGCCUUGAACACAAUCAACAGGAACCGCACAUUGCUCCCAAACACCACACUGACUUAUGACAUCCAGAGAAUAAACAUCUUUGACAGCUUCGAGGCUUCCCGGAAAGCAUGUGACCAGCUGUCUCUUGGGGUGGCGGCCAUUUUUGGCCCCUCGCACAGCUCGUCUGCCAACGCGGUCCAGUCCAUCUGUAACGCUUUGGGAGUGCCCCACAUCCAGACCAAGUGGAAGCAUCAAGUGUCAGACAACAAGGACUCCUACUAUGUCAGCCUGUACCCCGACUUCUCCUCCCUCAGCCGAGCCAUCCUCGACCUCGUGCACUUCUUCAAGUGGCGAACGGUCACUGUGGUCUACGACGACAGCACAGGUACAGGUCUCAUUCGACUGCAAGAGCUGAUCAAGGCGCCGUCGCGGUACAACAUCCGUUUGAAGAUCCGACAGCUGCCCACAGAGACCAAGGACGCCAAGCCACUUUUGAAGGAGAUGAAGAAGGCGAAGGAGUUUCACGUCAUCUUUGAUUGCGGACACGAGAUGGCUGCCUGGAUCCUGAAACAGGCACUGGCAAUGGGUAUGAUGACUGAGUACUACCACUACAUUUUCACCACCCUGGACCUUUUUGCCCUCGACAUGGAACCGUACCGCUACAGUGGAGUCAACAUGACGGGGUUUCGCAUACUCAACACCGAAAACUCUCAGGUGUCAUCAAUCAUUGAGAAGUGGUCGAUGGAGCGGCUACAAGCCCCGCCCAAACCGGACUCGGGCCUGCUGGAUGGAUUCAUGACAACGGACGCGGCGCUGAUGUACGACGCCGUGCACGUGGUGGCGGUGGCGGUGCAGCAGUCGCAGCAGAUCACUGUCAGCUCCCUGCAGUGUAAUCGCCACAAGCCGUGGCGCUUUGGAAGUCGUUUUAUAAACCUCAUCAAAGAGGCUCACUGGGAUGGUUUGACAGGACGUGUUCUCUUCAACAAGAGCAACGGACUGAGAACAGAUUUCGAUCUUGAUGUUAUCAGCCUGAAGGAGGAAGGCCUGGAAAAGAUUGGAACAUGGGAUCCUCCCAGUGGUCUCAAUAUGACAGAAACGCACAAAAGCAAGACGUCCAACAUCACUGACUCUCUGGCUAACAAAUCCCUGCGUGUAUCCACUAUACUGGAGGAGCCGUAUGUGAUGUUCAAGAAGUCUGACAAGCCUCUGUACGGGAACGAUCGCUUCGAGGGCUACUGUAUCGACCUGCUGAGGGAACUCUCCGGCAUCCUGGGCUUCCGAUACGAGGUGCGAUUAGUGGAAGAUGGGAAGUACGGAGCGCUUGAUGAGAGCACAGGGCAGUGGAACGGCAUGGUGCGGGAGCUCAUGGACCAUAAAGCAGACCUUGCUGUUGCUCCUUUGGCCAUCACCUACGUCCGGGAGAAAGUCAUCGACUUCUCAAAGCCCUUUAUGACUCUUGGGAUAAGUAUUUUGUACCGCAAGCCCAACGGCACCAACCCUGGGGUCUUCUCCUUCCUCAACCCCCUCUCGCCUGAUAUCUGGAUGUAUAUUCUGCUGGCUUGCUUGGGUGUCAGUUGUGUGCUGUUUGUCAUAGCCAG